AGAGACUCUUAAUUUGAAGGGCUUUGUCUCGCCGGAAAUUUCCUGUUUCACAGGUUUUGUUAGUAGUGUGAAGAGGCUAGCGGGAUUUACUCAGUUACAUUUCAGUGUUCUGCAUGUAUUCAAGACUGUAAACGCCACAGAGGCAACGUCUUUUCACUCUGACCUUGUAAAAUGAUAAAAAGAGCCACAGUAAAGAGCAUCUAAAACUUACUACGACUCAAGUAUUCAUUUAAGAGGAAGAGUUUAGCUAGUUGUAUAGCUGCAGUUGCUACAGUGCAGUGAGGACAACAUAGUGAAAAGACGUUAAAAGGCUGGCGUCAUACAACGUGCUAAGAUGGAAGUUAAACGAAGUGACAAGAUUUCUGCAGGCAGUAAAAUAAGUUUGCGGUCAUCCGCAACAUCCGCUAGCUCGUUAACACGUGCACGAGCCAAAGCGGAGGCGGCUAAAACACGUCUUGCGUUCGCUGAACAAGAAGCUAAAGCUAAAAUAGAAAGAGCUGCUAAGGAAGCAGAGAACCAAAGAGAAAAGGCUGACAGAGAAGCUACAUAUCAGCUGGAAAAAGCAAAGAAUGAUGCCGAGCUAGAAGCGCUUACUAUUCGCAGAGAGGCAGCAAUGGCGGAAGCGGAAGCAGCAGUGUGGGAAGCGGCAGACGCUACAGAAAAUUACGUGGCGUUAAGUGAAGUAAGCCCAUCAGAAGAGGAUAAAAUGGAACGGACAGAAGAAUACAUCACAGCUCACUUCAUCCCUCAAUCACAUAAAGGCCACCUUUCUACUGACUCCCCAGCUCAUGCAGCCAUUAAAGCUAGCCAGUCACCAAGUCAGCCUCCAGGUGCGUACGUUUCACCAUCAGUCAAGAUAGAAAACCAGGCUCCGCAUGGAGAAUCUGACAGGCAAAAGGACUCCAUGACAAGCCACACCAACUCUAACAGGUCGACACAGCCCUUCUAUCCCCAUGGGGCACCUACAGCUUCCCACAGUGGACCCACGACUGAACACCUGGCACAGUACUUAGCUCGUCGAGACCUGGUGAGUUCAAGUUUAUAUCAAUUUGACGAUCAACCUGAACAUUAUCGUGCUUGGCAGUCAUCGUACAACAGUGCCACUCAAGGGCUAGGCCUCACAGCUACUGAGGAAUUAGACUUAAUGACAAAAUGGCUUGGUAAAGAAUCCAGCAACCAUGUCAAACGUCUACGGUCAGUGUACAUAACUAACCCUUUCAUAGCACUAACGAAGGCCUGGGAACGCCUCCAGGAAUGUUAUGCAGCACCUGAAAUAAUCGAAAAGGCGCUCUUCGAACGGCUUGAAAAUUUCCCAAGAGUUUCAGGAAAAGAACACGUGAAGCUACGAGAACUAGCAGACUUGUUAAUGGAAGUACAGUGUGCCAAGGAGGACGGCUAUCUCCCAGCUCUCUACUAUUUGGAUACUGCACGCGGCAUUGAACCUAUAGUUGCAAAACUGCCUUAUGGGCUUCAAGAGAAAUGGAUUUCAGUCGGUUCAAAGCACAAGGAAGGAAAUAGGGGACAGUUUCCUCCAUUUGAAUUCUUCAGCGAGUUUGUGUGCAGUGAAGCUCGUAAAAGAAACGACCCUAGCUUUGCUAUUCCAGGUACUAGCAGCUUGCCUGCGAGGUCUGAAAAAACAUUCUUCAAAGGCACUAAGUACCCUAUUUCGGUCCACAAGACAGACAUCGCCUCAACAAGCCCUGGCAUAAACAAAGGUGUCAUUGACCUGAACAAAAGCUGCCCAAUACAUGGCAAGCCACAUCCUCUCAAGCGCUGCAAAGCCUUCAGAGCCAAAAAGCUGGAGGAAAGAAGGGCCUUUCUCAAAGAAAAAGGAAUCUGCUUCAAGUGUUGUGGCUCAACUACUCACCUCGCUAAGGACUGUCCUAACGCAGUUAAGUGUUUGGAGUGCGAAAGCACAUGGCACGACUCUGCCAUGCACCCAGGCCCUUCACCUCAAGUCAAAGCCCCCUCAAAUCCACCACACAACGGCGGGGAGGAGGAAGAAAGCAGCAUCACUAAUGCGGUUGUUAACUCAAGCUGCACCGAGGUCUGCGGCACGGGAAACAUCGGCUGGUCAUGUUCCAAGAUAUGCCUUGCUAAACUAUAUCCUAAAGGUCAACCAGACAAAGCUAUCAAGGCCUACACGUGCUCAGGAAUAGUGGAAACAUAUGGGCGCAGGGCUGAAGACUUUGUGGUCGAGUCACUUGAUGGAACGGCCACGAUCCCUCUCCCACCACUUAUUGAGUGCAAUGGAAUACCCAACAAUCGGUCCGAAAUCCCAACCCCUAAGGCAGCUCAUCAUCAUCCACAUCUUGUCAAGGUAGCAGAGCACAUCCCAGAGGUCGACCCUAGUGCCGAGAUCCUCCUGUUACUUGGUAGAGAUGUAAUAAGGGUGCACAAAGUUCGGGACCAAGUCAAUGGCCCUCAUAAUGCCCCUUUUGCCCAACGUUUAGACUUAGGAUGGGUGCUAGUUGGAGAAGUCUGCUUGGGGAAUGCACACAAGCCUACAGUCAACAUCUUCAAGACAACUGUGCUUAGCAAUGGCCGGCCCUCCCUACUCAAUCCCUGUAAAAACCUCUUGCACAUCACAGAAAAGGUGCAUCACGGUGGAGAAGCAAGAGAGAGGUUUUCAGAGACUAGCAAGUCUGCAGAAGAAACGUUGGGGCAAACUGUUUUCAGUCACACUGAACAGGACCACAAGCUGGCAUCUUCAAUCGAAGACGACAUCUUUCUGAAACUAAUGGACAAAGAGGUUUACAGAAAUGAGUCAAAUAGCUGGGUAGCUCCUCUCCCAUUUAAGCAACCUAGACAACGCUUGUCUAACAACCGAGAACAAGCAGUCAGGCGCUUCGCAUCACUCCAACAUAGCUUGAAUAAGAAGUCAGAGAUGCAACAACAAUAUGUUGCUUUCAUGGGCAAAAUGUUGGAGAACGACCACGCAGAGGCAGCUCCACUACUAGGAGAGAAUGAAGAAUGCUGGUACCUGCCCACCUUUGGAGUCUACCAUCCUCGAAAACCUGACCAAAUAAGGGUGGUAUUCGACUCAAGUGCCAAACACUUAGGUGUGUCUCUCAACGAUGUACUCCUUACAGGUCCUGACCUCAACAAUUCCCUCCUUGGAGUUUUGAUGCGGUUCCGGAAAGAAAAAGUUGCUAUCGUGGCAGACAUACAGCAGAUGUUUCACUGCUUUUUGGUGCGAGAGGACCACAGAAACUAUCUGAGAUUCCUGUGGUACAAAGACAACGAUACAACAAAAGAAAUCAUAGACUACAGGAUGAAAGUUCAUGUUUUCGGCAACAGCCCAUCCCCUGCUGUGGCCAUCUACGGACACAGAAGAGCUAUCAGAGAAGGCGCAAAAGAACAUGGGACUGACACAGUUGACUUCGUGGAGCGCCAUUUCUAUGUGGAUGACGGCCUUCGUUCCGUGCCGACUGAUGCCGAAGCUAUCGACCUGUUACGCAGAACACAGACAUCACUGGCUGAAUCAAACCUCAGGCUCCACAAGUUUGCCUCAAACAGCCAAGCAGUCCUGGAAGCUUUUCCAUCCGAAGACUGUACUACAAUCGCGAAAGGUGUGGACUUAGGUGGAGAGGGUGCACCCGCUCAACGCAGUCUAGGUCUCCUGUGGGAGAUAGAAAGCGACACAUUCACCUUCUCUGUUGGAAACGACACCAAGCCAUUUACUCGCCGUGGUGUCCUCUCCACGGUAAAUAGUGUUUUUGACCCCUUGGGUUUCCUGGCCCCCGUCACAAUCCAAGGCAGACUCCUCCUCCGGAAACUCACCACCGAGCUGUCCGAGUGGGACGUACCUCUACCUGAAGAUAAAUUCAGCAAAUGGAAAGCUUGGCAGGACUCACUUCAGGAGCUGAGACACCUUCACGUACCACGGACAUACACAGCAGCUUCGCUAGAAAAGGCAGUGCAUACAGAGCUCUGUGUGUUCUCGGAUGCUUCGAUCAAAGCCAUCGGCGCAGUGGCGUACUUGAAGGCCGUACAAGAAGAUGGACAAGCUCACAUUGGAUUCGUCAUGGCCAAGUCAAAACUUGCACCUAAGUCGGAACCAACUAUCCCAAGACUCGAACUUUGCGCAGCAGUCUUAGCAGUGGAAAUGGCAGACCUGAUUCAUGACGAACUAGAUUUUAAGCUGGAUUACACAAAGUUUUACACCGACAGUAAAGUGGUCCUUGGUUAUAUCCAUAACGAAUCCAGACGAUUCUAUGUCUACGUCCAUAAUAGAGUUCAGCGCAUUCGCCAAACCACAAAACCUGAACAAUGGCACUACGUGCGCACAGAAGAUAAUCCUGCUGACCAUGCAUCAAGGUCUAUCUCUGCCUCAUUCCUGGCACAGACAACGUGGUUAAAAGGACCUAACUUCCUGCUCAACCCUCUUCACAAACCAGAACCAGUUGGGUCAUUUGAUUUGGUCAAACCAGAACUGGACACAGAUAUCCGUGCACAAGUGAGAAGCUAUGCCACAAAGCUGCAAGAGAAAAGCCUUAGCACAGAGCGCUUUCUAAGAUUCUCCAGCUUCGACAGUCUCGUUCGAGCUAUAGCACUCCUCAUUCACAUUGUAAGGUCCUUUAAGCUAUCUAAAAACACGGACAAGUGUAAGGGGUGGCAUAAAUGUGAUCUGUCUCGUACCCCAGAUGAACUAUCGCUAGCGAAGGAAGUCAUCAUUGCAGCUGUUCAGAGGAGAGCCUUCUCAAAGGAAUUUGAAACUUUGACCGAAAAUAAGUCAAUCCCUCUAAACAGCAGCCUUCAACGCCUCAGUCCAACCUUGCAGAACAAUCUCAUUUGCGUUGGAGGCCGACUGAAGAACGCUAACCUGGACAUUGGAGAGAAGAACCCCAUAAUCCUCCCAAAGGAUAACCACAUUUCCCUGUUGCUCGUCAGACACCAUCACGCUGAGGUCAAACAUCAAGGCCGUCACCUGACAGAAGGAGCCAUCAGAGCAGCAGGACUAUGGCUCCUGGGAGGAAAAAGGCUCAUCAAUUCAGUCUUACACAAAUGUAUUACCUGCCGCAAACUAAGAGGCAAAGUACAAGAGCAACGCAUGGCAAAUUUGCCUCAAGAGCGCCUCCAAACCUGCCCUCCCUUCACAUAUGUGGGAUUGGAUGUCUUUGGACCCUGGUGCAUUACCACCAGACGAACAAGAGGAGGACAAGCUGAAAGCAAGCGGUGGGCCAUAUUGUUCUCCUGUAUGAGCUCCAGAGCCGUGCACAUUGAGGUCAUUGAGUCAAUGGACACCUCAAGCUGUAUUAAUGCUCUAAGGCGUCUUUUUGCCAUAAGAGGACCCGCCAAACAACUACUAUCUGACCGCGGCACAAACUUCAUAGGAGCAUGCCGUGAACUGGGAAUGGGCGCUGUUCAGAGGUAUCUAAACCAACAAGGGUGCUCAUGGGAAUUCAACCCUCCUCAUGCCUCACACAUGGGUGGUUCUUGGGAACGACUAAUUGGGGUGGCACGAAGAAUCCUGGACUCUAUGUUUCUCGAACAGCACACUCGGUUGACCCACGAGGUUUUGUGCACGCUAAUGGCGGAAGUGACAGCUAUUAUAAAUGCAAGGCCACUGAUUCCAGUCUCAAACGAUCCUGAAGAUCCUUUCAUCUUGUCACCAUCAAUGCUCCUAACCCAAAAAACUGGACUUCCACCUCCACCAGGAGACUUCACAGAUAAAGACCUCCUCACCAAGCAGUGGAGACAAGUACAAGCUCUUGCCAACAAAUUCUGGAAUCGUUGGAGUCGAGAGUAUCUGCCAACCUUGCAGCGUCGCAAGAAAUGGACCAAAUCUCACCAAAACCUGCAAGUGGGAGAUAUCGUCCUUCUCAAACAAAGUGAAGCUACCCGCAACAACUGGCCCAUGGCUAUGAUCACAAAGGCCUUCUCCGGAGACGACGGAAGGUCAGUGAGGUCCAUCAUUGGUUCUCCAGCUUCAGUUGCAUCAUUUAGAGAUGUGGGCCGGUCAGUUGCACAACUGGCGCUCUAUGCAAGAGGCCGCUGGAAACACGUCACCCGCAAGUGUGUGAGGAAGAAACCUACAGAGGAAAGCAUUAACAACAAAUACAAGGGUCUGGCCUUGGAUGAAGAUGCCGUGGAUGGACCCAACAACAAAAAUCAGCUUGAUAAAACACUGCUGGAUCACUUUCGAGCUCUGGCCACCAGCAAUAAAGACACAGAUGAGGUGGACCUUCAGUUUCUGAACAAUGUCCUCACACAUGGUGCCAACCCCAACACAACAGAUAAAUACGGCCAAACAGCCCUGCACGAGAUAUCCCGGGCGUGGAAUGUGGAUGUGAUGCGUUUUUUCUUAGACAGAGGGGCUGAUUUUCAAAGCGCCGAUGGUUUUGGAGUCACACCUCUUCAUGUGGCUGCAGCUCUGGAUUAUGAAGAGAUGACACAGUUCCUGUUAGAAAGAGGAGCUGAUAUUGAAGCUCGCACACAGAAAGGCAAGCACACCCCGCUGCACUUUGCAGCUAAGAAUGAUGCUGUUGGGUCAGUUGGAUUGUUGCUUCAGAAUGGGGCUGACAUCGCCGUGCAAGACUAUAAAGGGAGAACGCCGCUACAUCUGGCUGCUAACUUCGAUCGAAGCGAGGCGGCGCGUUUGCUGCUGGGGUUUGGAGCUGAUGCUGGGGUGCAGGAUUCUGAAGGCCAGCUCUGCAUCACUGCCAUGAUUGCUAAAAUGAGCCCUGUGGCUGAUCUGGCGAUGAGUCAGUUCCAUGUAAAAGACCGAAUGACCCGAAAGCAGUUCUACUACCUUCAUCUCAUAGAGCCACAGACAGUCAACAAGGACGACACUAAAGCUUCUGAUCCAUCUUCACCGCUGGAGUUGAUUGUGAAUCAGUGUAAACUGGAUCUCAUCAUGCACCCUGUGGUGCUCAAACUCAUCACUGUCAAAUGGAACUUGUAUGGCAGAACGGGUGCCUGGAUACUCUUACUGCUUAACUUCCUAUUUAUUGUGUCCUGGACAACAGUCGCCAUAUCUGUGUCAGAAAGUCAUGAGGAAGGAGAUCGCUAUGUUCUCCCUCAGGACUGGUGGCGUGUGUUGUUGGUGGUUUUGGCACUGGUGUUGACGGUGACUGAGGUGUACAGGGAAGUGAUGGAGAUUGUGCGGUCACACAGAAAACUCCAGCACUGGAAGCGCUGGGCUGUGCAGAAAGUCAAUGAGGACCUGAGCUGCUCUCACCCAAUGUGGCCUGAGGAAUGUAUUUACCUAGAAGGACAAAUUAAGUUAAUUCGAAACCUGAAAGGAACCUACUCUCAGAACCCAUGGAAUAUCUUUGACUGGCUUGUGUACGUGCUGUUACUUUCAGUCCUGGGCAUCCACUUUGCAGAUGUAUUUCUGAUGUCCAACUCCCUUCGACAGAACAGUCUUCGGCUGUUUGCAGUUUCCAUUAUUUUCCUUUGGUUGCGUCUGAUGAAACAGGUCCGAGCCUUUAGGGCUAUGGGUCCCUUCAUCGUGAUGCUAGGAAAGAUCGCAGGAGAUGUGUUGCGAUUCCUCUUUCUGUAUAUAGAGAUCUACAUCCCAUAUGCUUGUGCUUUCUGGAUCAUAUUUGGAGGCUUAUCUAAGGUGCCGAGCAUGGAGACGGUUCCUCAGCUUUUCUACAGCCUGUAUCGCAUCACUCUGGUGGAUGAAUAUGAAUUUGAUGCCAUGUUGGGUGUAGACGCAGUAAUGGCUUACCUGCUGUGUGGAUCAUUUCUGGCCCUUUCGGCUAUUCUGUGUGUUAAUCUGCUGAUUGCUCUCCUUUCUGACACCUUUCAAAGGGUGUAUGACAACGCAUUGGCCAAUGCCGUGAUGCAACAAGCAGCUAUCAUAUUGCAGAUAGAGGAAUCCAUGCCUUGUCUGAGGCGUUUCUAUGACAACCAGUACAUCCACCGCCAUUGUGCACCGCUCGGAGAAUACUACGACGAUGAUGUCACCACUGACCCAGAUCACUAUGCUGACAUGAAGAAGCUUACAGAACAGAUCAAGGAUACACUCGAUGAAUAUCUGAACAUCCAAAAAGAGACAAUAGCUCCUCGGUUAUCCUCUGAAGAUGCCAGAGAAGCAAAAAGAGGGAGAGGAGCCACACCUCUAGAGGAUGAAGAACAUCUUAAAACUCUUCACAGACUUGAGAAGGACCAGCAGAAGCACAGGCAGGACCUGAGUGAGCUGAAGUCUGACGUGAAGGAGCUUCACAGUUUGUUGCUUCAGCUGAUACAGAACCGGUCAAAGUCAUCUCCUGGUGAUGACAUGCAGCCUGCAGUUGACACUAGAAAAACCUCUGAAACUGGAAAUACAGAUGUCAAUAAUGAAUCUGGGCCUUAUUAGUAGCGAGCCCCACAAAAUGCUUUGACAUGACUUAAUGUUGAUAAAGUGGCAACUCAAAAUCCCUGCUGAGUGUUCUGACAAUGCCAAAGCUGUUAUGUAGGAAUUUGUUUACAGAAAACAAAUUUAAUAAGUUAAUAACUACAAUUUUUGUUGUUAUGUAUAUAUAUGUGUGUGUGUGUGUAUGUUUGUUAAGUUAUGUAUAAUGAAAUAUUGUUAAAAUAUAUGGGAUUAUAAUUUUGGUUGGUGCCUUACCCAAAUUUAUUUAUGGACCAAACAUUUUUUGACUAAUUUUAUGAAUAAUUUACCUUUUUGUUCCAUGGAAAAGAGACAUAAGACAUAUUUAACCAUAGUUAACAUGCCUCAAAAACGAGUCUGUGAAUUAUUAACAUUUUGUUGAAACGCCUGUAUAGUAUGGAAGCAUAUGUGGUGCAAAAUUCAAUUUGCAAUGUAAUAUGCAAAAUGG